AUGGAGGACGACGAUGGUCCGGUGGUGUUUGAGCGCGUGCUCAUGAAUGUUCAGGCGAUGUACCCAUCACCAGAGGAGCCGUCUCUGUCUCCGGAUGAGAUUAUGCAGUACGUGGAUAAGAAGAUGUUUGUGCCUGGAAGUGAUAAGUACGUGGAUAAGAAAAUGUUUGUGCCUGGAAGUGAUAAGAUUAUGCAGUACGUGGAUAAGAAGAUGUUUGUGCCUGGAAGUGAUAAGGAUCUGAGUGAAGGAGAAGAAGUGGUGAGGGGCUCCAUCGGCCUGAAGUUGGCCAAGGACUAUCCCUUCUCACAGUGUUUAACCAAAUUCCGUACGGAAGUGCGGGGCUUUCUGAGUAGGUUUGUGGAGAGCAUCAGAGAAUUACGAACCAGCGUCAGCCUGCCAGCCGACGACAAUUCAGGUUAG